CACUUUCCGCUAAACAUUGGUCGAAAUGACAAGGUCGAUAUAUUUAAAAAUUCACGUUUUGUAUAUUUGAUUGAAAUUAAUUAAGCAAAUUAUAUUUUAAAGGUAAACAAUGUACACAGAUGACAAUUCAGAUAAAGAGAGCGAGGUCGAGGAGAGAAGUCCCGACGACAGUCCGAAUAUCACCAAGAAGUCGUUGUCGACGGUCGGCUUCAGGAACAACAACGAGAACCUGACGGCGCGGCCGCUGACGCUGCGCGCGACGCAGUCGUUCACGGGCGCGGUGGAGGAGCUGCGCACGUGCGGCAACUUCCAGAGGAUGAACCUGUGCAACAGAAUGAACGUGGUGUCGAUGCCGAAGGUGAGCACGAUCUGCCCGUGCGGCUGCCUGCUGCGGCCGGCCACCACGGGCCCCUUCCGCACGCGCGAACAGAACACGCUCGCGCUGCACGUGGUGGCGCCCGAGGUGCUCACCCACCACGGCUACUGCUUCGAGCCCUCGCAGAUCGCCAUGUUCUGGAAGAAGGACUGCCGCAUGUUCCUUUGGAAAGGAAAAGCCAAAACGAAGAAUGUCAUAGUCGCCGAACCCCGUAAAAACUUAUCUUAAGCGGUGUUUACGAUGUUUUACAUUAUUUAUUUAAAAAACUAUAAACGAU